CAGUGACUAGUAUAAAUAUUUGUCAGGAAUAGAUUUGAUCACAAAAUACUUUGAAACGUACCGGCCAUCAAUUUCUUCUUAAUAAAAAAAAUAAAAAUGGGUCUGAAAGAGUUAUUUAUUUUUGCUUUCAUAAUGACGAUCGCUGGAAUAAAGGCACGUUCAGUUGAAAACAAUAAUUUAGUUGGAAAAGAAGAUCAUUUCUCCAACGUACGUUCAUUUGGCUCCACAAUUACUAAAAAUAUUUAUAAAAGAAGCAAUGAUAAUAGAAGAAUUAUUAUCGUUAAUCGUAAUAACGAAGAGAAAACAUUAACUUUUGAUGAUAAUAACGGAGGAAUCGAUAUUACCAAUAGAAAUAGUGCUACGAACACUAUUAGUAUCAAUAGUGAUAGUGAAGACAUUACUAUUGACGAUAAUGGUAAAAAUAAUAUAAAUACAAUCACUAUUCAAGGCAAUAGUAAGAGUAUUACCAUUAAUAAUAACAACAAAGGAAAUAUUAAUACAAUAACUAUCAAUGGUGACAGUGAUUUUAUUACUAUUAAUAAUAAAAUGGGAAAAAACGUAAGUACAAUUACUGUAAACGGAAAAAGAGGACAGAUUGUCGUUAAUAACUACAAUAAUGAUAAUAGUAACGUUAGUACAAUUACUGCUAAUAAUUAGGAUUAAUAUACUGUCUAUGAAAUUAAUAUCGAUGAAAAGUAUUAUUAUUACUAUUAGUGUUCAUUAUAAUAAAUAUUUGGUUCCAUUGAUUAUUAUAAAUAUUUGUAAGAAUGUAUUCCAAAAUUGUAUUUUCUGAAUAAAUGAUUGCCACAAAAACCA